CCACACAGGUGCCCCCGUGAGUAGUCUCAAAAGCAGGCUCCACCAAAAGGGUAUCUUUCCUGCUGCUUACGGAUAGUGUGUCCUAAUUUCUACAGUAAGCUUAUCGUUAUGUUUUUAGUACUAUCUUACUUCAUCAGAAGACAGCGGGAAUUCGAGAACAAUACGUAAUCUGUAAAACUAGAAUACAUACAAAAUCCGUUGUAGGGCCUGCUGUGUAGGCUAUCUAUGCCCCAGGACCAGAGUAAAAACAUGGCGGCGCCAGGUUGGACCAGUUUUGGGUUUCUUGCGUUGUCCCUUGUGUUCUUCCUGUCUGUAGUCUGUUCCGAGGCCUUGUCACAUCCCUCCAAGGAUAUUCUUGAUCCAGAGAGUUCCACAAAGCAUGUGAGGCACAUGAGAAGGGUGGAGGGAACGCCAGAGAAGCGUACUGGCAGGCUACAGAAGAGGGCUGCCGACCAGCCCGACAGGUCCAGGUGCGACAACACCGACUUCACGGAACAAGUCGAGCAGGGCACCAGCAAAUUCACAUUUCAUAAUGAGACCAACCUGAGUGUGUCCAUGACUUGGGCAGGAGAGAACAAUGGGGUACUGCUGGUACUGACAACUGAUGAAUGGGGACCAUUUGUUGGACCAACAAUGCUCUGGAGGAGUACGGACUACGGGAAGACUUUCCAGAAUAUCAGUAAGAAAAUCAACAACGCCUACAUCAAGAAGGACAAUGGAAUGUUCAAAAGCUUGCUAGACCCUGCCAGAGUUCUCCUGGUGUCUUACAUGUCGGAUGGUGAUAGCACAGGCUCCAGGAUCUACAUCACUACAGACGGGGGAGAGACCUUUGAUGGCAUCACUCUCGACUUUAAUGUGGACACUUUGCAGUUCCACCCAAAGAACAAGGACUACAUCCUGGCACACACGUCCCACAGCGAUCACUCUCUUUACCUGUCCAAGGAUUUUGGUCGAACCUGGACUGUGGUACAUGACUAUGUUGCUGAUUUCAAAUGGGGUACUGCCACCUAUGAUACAGACAGCACAAUAUACCUGACGUAUGACCCUAAGCACAUGAUUUCAGCUGGUAUGUAUCCAUAUGACAUGAAUUCGGACUACUAUGAUGACUAUGGAAUGUGGGGAAUCGAAUUCCCAAGGCCGGAAAGUUAUAAUUUUGACCUGUUGAAGACCACUGAUUUGGGAGGAAACUUUGUUGUGGUUGCGGAACAUGUGUACAGUUUUGGUCAGCAGGGGCAGUUCCUUUAUGUUUCCAUUGAGCUGAAUGAAAAUAAUUACACCAGAGUGAUGCAUGUGUCCAGAGAUGGGGGAAAGACAUGGGAGCUUGCUCAGCUGCCCUCAAUAACACCAGACAGGUUCUACUCCAUCCUGGACAUGUCUGAGGGAAUGGUGUUCAUGCAUGUGGAUGAUGAAGGAGACACAGGAACGGGAACCAUUUACACAUCAGGCGCAGAUGGAAUCAUCUUCUCUGUGUCACUUACAUCACAUUUGUACCCUAACUUUGAAAGCGUGACAGACUUCUACAAGGUCAAGUCCCUCAGAGGAGUGUAUUUGGCCAGUCAGAUUAGGGAAGACAAAAGCAUCAGGACCAUGAUAACCUAUGACAGGGGAGGGGUGUGGCAGCCUGUUCCCACCCCAGCAGGGAUGACGUGUGAGAAGCCCAGUGACCAGUGUGGGCUGCAGAUUCACAAUCAGUACAGCAGAGUGAAGGGAAUCAACGCUCCCAUGGGUCCACUCAGUGAACCUAACGCAGUAGGCCUCAUUCUUGUCCAUGGUCAUGUGUCUGAUGCACUGCAAACAACAAACCCCGAUGUUUACAUCUCUGAUGAUGGUGGCUACAACUGGUUUAAGGCCCUGGACGGUCCCCACCACUAUGCUAUAGGAGACCAUGGGGGUUUACUGGUUGCCGUGCCUGCAUCUGCUGACCGCUUGGCUAACACCAUCAGGUACUCGUUUGAUGAGGGCCAGUGUUGGAGAGACUACAAGUUUACUGAGGAGGAAAUAGUCUUCACUGGGCUGCUGACAGAGCCAGGAGCCAAGACCAUGAAAGUUGGGAUCUGGGGAUUCGGGCGCGAGGACCACAAGUGGAGAGUCACCGUCAUUGACUUUGAAAAAGUUGUUACAAGACAGUGUACUGAUGAUGACUAUGACACAUGGCAGGCCCAUGAGGAGUACCAUAAGGAGGGUAUAGAGGAUGCCUGUCUGCUGGGUGUCAAGGAAACCUACCGUAGGAGGAAGAAAAACACACUGUGUAAGAAUGGCUACAGCUAUGAGGUUCAGCUGGAAAAACAUCACUGUACCUGCAUGGAGGCUGACUAUGAAUGUGAAUAUGGCUUCCAUCGGGACAGUGAGAACAGGUGUACUGUAGACAAGGACUACAUCAGCAAAUUUCCGGAGGUCUGUGAAAACGGAGAAUUACAGGAGAUCAAGAGUAAUGGGUAUCGCCUAAUUCCUGGUGAUGAGUGUGUUGGUGGAAAAGCUCCCGAGACUUCCCUGGUAGACCUGAAAGAACGCUGUAAUAAACAGGAGCAGUUUCAGGAGGGAUACGGACUGGCCAACUUUAAUGCAUAUUUCAACAAAGAGGGAGCUGGAGGUAAAGUAGUGGCUGGCCUGACUGUCACUGUCAUUCUUGUUGCUCUCCUCAUCAUCUUUGUGUAUUAUGGCAAGAGAUGGUGGCAUCGUAGACAGAACCGGGAGGUGUACCGGUACUCGGAGCUGAACCAGACUGAUGACGUUACCCUGGAGGAGGACCACUCCAGCAAAACUUGGGUCUACCAUGAUGACUCUGAUGUGGACUUGUUGCCAUGAGGCUGACUGAGUGAACUACAGGCUGGCUGUCCAAGAAAACUACAAGCAAGGCCAGGAGAAAGUCCUACACGUGUGUUACAUAGGAUGGCUGUGCAGAUUAGACAGUAAAAACACUAAAGGAGAGGCACAGUAGUGUGUUACGGAUUCUUCCCAGUUCUUUAGAAGUAGAAAACUUGACUAUCCUGAGCAAAUUGAAUAAUAGCAAGUCUAAAGAGUUCUUUCUGCCCCUCUCCCAUUUGAUAUUUUGAGUGUUCCUGAUCCUUUUAUGAGAACAAGUCUGUGGUUCACUCUCCUUGGAUUUAGAAUGUUUCUGAACAAAGUCAUUGACUUGCCUUUUGUUAAGUAACCUUACAAAAUCUGCAUGGCCACUAGAGAAAAUGAGAAUUUAGAUUUGACUGGCUGGAUCCCAAGCCAGGUAAAAACAAGAAAAUUAAGGCGACUAUAAAUUCAUCUACUUUUGCGGUGGUUGUAUUUUGCAGUAGGAAGGAAAGGCAGGUUUUUGUGGUGAUUUAAGUCUGUGAUGGGAACAAUAAUAUUCUGUGGUGCAGUAGUAUGAGGGAGACAUAUAUCUGUAGUGUCAUGCGUUUACGGUGGAGAGGGCACUGCAAAAACUUUGAAAGUAAAGCUGCUGUGAAUGCUACAUGUAUUUCCUGCAUUUUGAGGGGCAUAGUUUGCUGGUAGGUGAAGCUGAGUUUAAUGAUAUUGCUGCAUUCACUUCAUUCUGUUAAAUACUAGUAGAAUAUGGAAUAUUGUCUUGUUUUAACUGUUGAGGAGGAUAUAUAUAUAUUUUCAGUCUUUCAAGUUCCAAACAAGCAGUUAUUUGUCAGGUGGUUGUUACCUAUGCAAUUGUCUCUCAAUACUGAGGAGCUGCUAUUCUAUAUUGUAUUUCAUAUCUUAAUAUAUUUAGAGAUUUAAAGAGAGACUCUCCUGUUCCUGUUUGUACAUUUUGGUUAUGCUGCCAGGGCCUUGUCAAUAUGAACCUGUGCAAUUACUAGUAUUAUUUCAUAUACAGAGUUUGUGUGUUUUCUGGUUUUACAACUUUUUUCCAACCUGUAAGUAGACCAUAUCUUUCAAUAUCAGACAGGAAGAAAUGUUCAACUGGAUUUUUACAUUCAAGUGAUUUAAGGGCUAAUCCAGUGGGACAUUCGUUACAAGUUUUCCUUUUCGUACUUGCUUUAAAAGCUCUGAUAUAUCAGUUCUAUUACCUGCUUGUUAAGAAAGAGACCAGCAAGGGUACCCUACCACUUGGCACUGUUGAUAGUGAAAUUAGAAUUUCUUUAUCUAGCAACGGCUGGUUUUCUUAGAGUGGUUCAUCUGUAUUAUUCAUGUUUAUGCAUUACCAUCAUUCAGCUGUACCAUAAUAUGAUAGGUAUUACCAGCAGGUAUUCCUUGCCUGCUUUAGACAUGAUUUUUGGUGGAAUAUUUCAAACUGUCUCUUUAUAGAAUCCACUCAUAGCAUUCAAUGUUUCCACCUUUAGAAACAAGAAGAAAAUUACUCUUAAAAUCUUUUCUUUUUGGUCUUCCACAUCUCCACUUUGCUGUAAAUAAGAUGAGUCUGUUUUAUAUAAAUAUUAAGGAAAGACUAAGUACACAAUUUCAUCAACAGAACGGACAAGGGUAAAAUUAAAGGAAGCUCAUAUCUAGCUGUAUACAUGAUAGGAAAGUGAGCUAAAACAAUUUUCUUGAGGUGUCUCAUUGGUGAUGCAAUUCUCAUCUUUAAGGAAUUUCUUGAUGAAAAGAGGUGUGUCAAAUAUAGAAUUCUUCACAAAA